AGUGCAGACAAAAUUGGUGUUGCCGAAAAGGACUGGGGACCCCGAGACGCCCGUCGCCCCUCCCGCGUCAGCGCCUGGGCCUCCAACCAUCCGGGACGCAGAAGCCUCCGGAGCGGCCACUCGGGCCCCGGGGACACAGACCGGGUCCUGAAAAGGCCGCCACAGGCCCGGGAUGGGGACCCCGGUGCGGGCCUCUUCCGCCGCCCCGCCCCGCACAGCUCACCUGACCGCGGCCCCGGUCCGCAGGAAGCGUUGGAUGGCCCUGUCGGCCGCGGUCCUCGCCGCCUCGGCCCGGGAGCUCAGCAUCGCCGUCGCGCCGGAGGCCCCGCCGCUGUCCCGGUGGCUACCGCGGCAGCCGCCGGACCCAGGACUCCGAAGGCUCCCGAGGCGGCGGAACCCGCGACCAAAGUCCCAGUUCCUCCGGGGAAGGGUGGUAAAAUUCCGUCGCACAGGUGAGAGUGCAAGGUCAGAAGACGACACGGCUUCGGGAGAGCAUGAGGUCCAGAUUGAAGGGGUCCGUGCAGGCCUAGAGGCUGUGGAGCUGGACGAUGGGGCAGCUGUGCCCAAGGAAUUUGCCAAUCCUACUGAUGAUACUUUCAUGGUGGAAGAUGCGGUGGAAGCCAUUGGCUUUGGGAAAUUCCAGUGGAAGCUGUCAGUCCUCACCGGCUUGGCUUGGAUGGCCGACGCCAUGGAGAUGAUGAUUUUGAGCAUCCUCGCACCGCAGCUACAUUGCGAGUGGCAGCUCCCCAGCUGGCAGGUUGCACUGCUGACCUCGGUGGUCUUUGUAGGUAUGAUGUCCAGCUCCACGCUCUGGGGAAACGUCUCAGACCAGUACGGCAGGAAAACAGGGCUAAAGAUCAGCGUGCUCUGGACCCUGUACUAUGGGAUCCUCAGCGCUUUUGCGCCCAUAUACAGCUGGAUCCUGGUGCUCCGAGGCCUGGUGGGCUUUGGAAUCGGAGGGGUCCCCCAGUCGGUGACGCUGUAUGCUGAGUUCCUGCCCAUGAAAGCCAGAGCCAAGUGCAUUUUGCUGAUUGAGGUCUUCUGGGCCAUCGGGACAGUGUUCGAGGUCAUCCUGGCUGUGUUCGUGAUGCCCAGCAUGGGCUGGCGUUGGCUGCUCAUCCUCUCGGCUGUCCCGCUCUUCCUCUUUGCCAUCCUGUGUUUUUGGCUGCCGGAGAGCGCAAGGUACGACGUGCUGUCCGGGAACCAGGAAAAAGCCCUUGCCACCUUGAAAAGGAUAGCGACAGAAAACGGAGCCCCUAUGCCGCUGGGGAAGCUCAUCAUCUCCAGACAGGAAGACCGAGGCAAAAUGAGGGACCUUUUCACGCCCCAUUUUAGAUGGACAACUUUGUUGCUGUGGUUUAUAUGGUUUUCCAAUGCGUUUUCUUACUAUGGAUUAGUUUUGCUCACCACAGAACUUUUCCAAGCAGGAGAUGUCUGCAGUAUCUCCAGCCGAAAGAAGGUGGUAGAGGCCAAAUGCAGCCUGGCCUGUGAGUACCUGAGCGAGGAGGAUUACAUGGACCUGCUGUGGACUACCCUCUCUGAGUUCCCAGGUGUCCUGGUGACUCUGUGGAUUAUCGACCGCCUGGGUCGCAAGAAAACCAUGGCCUUGAGCUUCAUCAUCUUCUCCCUCUGCAGCAUCCUGCUGUUUAUUUGUGUCGGAAGAAAUAUGCUCACUCUGUUACUCUUCAUUGCAAGAGCGUUUAUUUCUGGAGGCUUCCAAGCAGCCUAUGUUUACACACCUGAGGUGUACCCCACGGCGACGCGGGCGCUGGGCCUGGGCACCUGCAGUGGCAUGGCAAGAGUGGGUGCUCUCAUCACUCCGUUCAUUGCUCAGGUGAUGCUGGAAUCCUCCGUGUACCUGACACUGGCGGUGUACAGCGGCUGCUGCCUCCUGGCCGCCGUGGCCUCCUGCUGUUUGCCCAUCGAGACCAAAGGCCGUGGACUACAGGAGUCCAGCCACCGAGAGUGGGGCCAGGAGAUGAUUGGCCGAGGGAUGCACGGCACAGGCGUCACCAGGUCGAACUCUGGCUCUCGGGAGUAGUCACCGAUGGGGGUCUCAGCUGGUCUCUGAGGCUGUGGCUUGCGGGGAGCUGGCAGAGCCCAGCUGGGGCCCCCGACCCUCACUGCCGACGUCAAGAACCCGAGAGUACAACCUGGACCAACUGGGUUUUGUGUCUUGACUCUGUCUGCUCAUAUUCAUCGAGAUCCACCUAGGGAUGGGGGGGGGCGUUUGCUCUGGAGGGGUCUCCGGAAGUGUGGGGGAGGUUUGUUAACAACCUUUGGGGCUGCUUGGGGAAACUGCCACAUUAGGAAUGUCCCACAAAGCCGGCAGCCAGCCAGUUGCCUUCUAGAAUUUGCCGGCCACAUCUUCAAUGAAUGACAACAAAAAGCAUCUUUAGAUACAGUCCAGGCCCAGAUCAGGUGACACCUGCCCACCCCAGUGAGUCCUCACCCACCAUCUACCAACCCAACCUGUUCAGUAGGUUUCUCCUACACCCCUGGCUCCAAGGUUUUCUUCUUUGAAAUCGCAGGUGACCCAGGUGUGGCCUGAGCAGUUUUUCCUUGGGUCCAAGAAAUGCCCAAAAGGGGCCCCACUGUUUGCCUUCCCAGGAUGACUCCGGCAGGUGGACGUGCUUUGGAACUUGAGCCCCAUGCCCUCCCCCCUAAACCCCACCACCACCUCUGGAGUUGCCAUCUCUGGCUCCAGGAGAUCCAGAUGAGUCCAUGGGGAUGGCUGGGCUUGCGCCCGAUGACACCCUCGGAAAGCUGUCACCUCCCGGGGAAUCGGGGACUGCAUGAAGGGUGGUGAGAAUCAAGCCCAAAGCCAAAGCAGGGACCUCCCCUUCUGAAGCAGCAAAGACCAAGGUGGGCUCCUUUCCUGGCCACCAUCUCGGACUGGCUGAGUGCCCACUCUUGGGAGAAGAAAACAAUUUACUCAGGUUUCCUCUCUCUCUCUCUCUCUUUCUCCAUGAAGCACCAGCGCUUUGGAAUUGAGCAUGGGUAGAUGGCUGAAUGGACAGAGAAACAGAAAAGAGGCUGCACCAACUGGGAGCUCCCAUCUGGGACAGGGGACCAGAAAUCCCCGAUGCAAAGCUGGUCUGUCAACCUCAGUUUCUAGGCUGCCCAGGGCUCCUGGGGUUCCAGUGUUGGAAGCCACAGCAGGGAUGGGAAGGAGAGGGAGGGCCAGUGGGUUGAGUUUAUACAUUUUCAGAGGAAGAGAAAGGGAGGUCAGUUGAGUUUUGGUUUGACCUUGAGAGGAAGGGCUAGAGCUGUCUUGGCAGACUACAUCCACUCUGGGGUUUGGUCUACCCAACCCCUUUCCCCACCAUGAAGGCGGGGGACCUGGAGAAGGAGGGAAGACGCUGCCAGAGCUUAUCAAAGACCAGAGAAGACUGACCCUCUGCCUGGAGAUAAUCUGCUUGAAGUAAACAUUGCAAGGAAGCCAAAUGUGUUCGUUCAUCUCUUAUUAAAACAUGUUGGUGAUGGACAUUG